AAGAUGAAACGGUCUCUUCGGUUGACAUUGUUAGGCCUCCGAACGAACGAACUAACUGUCCGAUGGUAAAUAUCGAAAUGAGGGUACCCCAAUAUGUGUGCGUAGACUUGGGGGAGGACACAUGAGGCGGGGCUUAGAAAUUUGACCUUUCAUAGGUCUUGUAUGCUCACGUGACCUAUCAAACAGAGUUAAGAAAUACGAAUAGCCCGCGAAAUUUUUAUUAUUUCUUGAUUUCUAGUUGCGUUGUGAAGUGCUGAAGAAGCUCUUACUUUUGAGAUGGCUCGUACGAAGCAGACUGCAAGGAAAAGUACUGGAGGUAAAGCUCCUAGGAAACAGUUAGCUACUAAGGCUGCGAGGAAAAGCGCACCAGCUACCGGUGGUGUUAAAAAACCUCAUCGUUACAGGCCUGGUACUGUUGCUCUCAGGGAGAUUCGUCGUUAUCAGAAAUCAACAGAAUUGCUGAUCCGCAAAUUGCCUUUCCAACGUUUAGUCAGGGAAAUUGCACAAGACUUUAAGACCGAUCUUCGAUUCCAGAGCUCAGCGGUUAUGGCUCUUCAGGAAGCCAGUGAAGCUUACCUGGUAGGAUUAUUUGAAGAUACCAACUUGUGCGCUAUCCAUGCCAAGAGAGUGACUAUAAUGCCGAAAGACAUUCAGCUGGCUCGUCGUAUUCGUGGCGAACGCGCUUAAGUGACAUUUUUUGUUUUUAAAAAAAGGCCCUUUUCAGGGCCAUACAAAUAAUGUAAUAAGUUAUGUUACAAUAAUUGCUUCCUUUUAUUCCCUGCCUUUUUUUCCCCCAUUAAAAUUUUCUACUCAUUCGAAAAUCUUCCCUCUUUUCAUUAAAUAUUUAUGAGUUAUUAAAAUUGAAUGCGCACAUUCAAGUCUGCCAAAUUUUUAUUUCGAAAUCAUCACUUUAUAAAGAUUUCUUUCCUCUGACAGCAAUUAUUGUAACUG